CACUCUUUCUUUGGUCUAGUCUACUCUUCGGGCAAUGCAUCCUCAUCACCUCACCUACUAAUCUCACACUUCUGUCAAAACCCAAAUCAUCAACAACAAUAACCAAAUACAAAACCUUUUUUCCCACACGACUCAAUCAAAGUACAAGUGUACAGCAACUAUUGUGAGAGAGAGAGAGAGAGAGAGAGAGAGAGAGUUACAGCCUUGUAUAUUAUAGACUUCCACUUUCACUUUUCUGAAACAUACACACAAAAAAUGUUUACAGUCAAACCAGACUGUUCUUCCAAGGCGGGCAUCGCCGUCCGGCGAUCUCCGGCUGCCUUUUCCGGCGCUGGAAAGAGUAGGAGGUCUAGAUUAAGAGUACCCGAGUUGAGGGUCAACGGGAAAGGGUCAGUCCGGGCAGUGAUUAGUAGUGGGGACAAGACUUUGGAGGCUGCGAGUCCAUUGGAGAGCAAAGGAGAGAGUAAUGGGUCUUUGGGUUCUUUGGGAGGAGGUGGGAUCGAAGUGAGAGCUGUGGUCACUGUGAGGAAGAAGAUGAAGGAGACGCUCACGGAGAAGAUGGAGGACCAGUGGGAGUUCUUUGUCAAUGGCUUUGGCCAAGGCAUCAUCAUUCAGCUUAUAAGCGAAGAGAUUGAUCCUGUUUCAAAUUCAGGAAAGAGUGUGGAGUCCUCUGUAAGAGGCUGGUUAACGAGGCCAUUGACCAAUUCACACAUUGUUGAAUAUGCUGCUAAUUUCACUGUCCCCUCUGACUUUGGAUGUCCUGGGGCUAUUCUCAUUACAAAUCUUCACAGUAAGGAGUUCUACUUAUUGGAGAUUGUCAUUCAUGGUUUUGAUGAAGGCCCCAUCUUCUUCCCAGCAAGUACAUGGAUCCAUUCAAGGAAAGAUAAUCCUGAAAGUAGAAUUAUCUUCAAAAAUCAAGCAUCUUUACCAUCACAAACACCACCUGGCAUUAAAGAUCUUCGUCGUGAAGACUUGUUGAGUAUUCGGGGUAAUGGGAAAGGCGAGAGAAAGCCACAUGAUAGAAUUUAUGAUUAUGAUGUUUAUAAUGAUUUGGGUAAUCCAGACAAGGAUGAAGAUCUUGCUAGGCCAGUUCUGGUGGGAGAGGAGAGGCCUUAUCCUAGGCGCUGUAGAACUGGCCGACCUCCAACAAAGUCAGAUCCAUUUUCUGAAAGUAGAAUUGAAAAGCCCCAUCCAGUGUAUGUUCCUCGAGAUGAAACUUUUGAGGAGAUUAAGCAGAAUACUUUCUCUGCUGGAAGGAUGAAAGCUAUGCUCCACAAUCUUAUACCAUCUAUUGCUGCUACAAUGUCUAGUUCGGACAUCCCUUUUAAGUGCUUUUCUGAUAUUGAUAAGCUAUAUAAUGAUGGUUUUCUCUUGAAAGAUGAAGAGCAUAAAGAUAUACUUGAGAAUCCACUUGUGGGCAAGAUGAUGAAACAGGUUAUGAGCAUCGGCCAAACGUUGUUGAAGUAUGAAACCCCAGCCAUUAUAAAAAGAGAUAGAUUUGCUUGGUUGCGAGACAAUGAGUUUGCACGUCAGACUUUAGCUGGGCUCAAUCCAGUGAACAUUGAGAUUUUGAAGGAAUUUCCAAUUCUCAGCAAGCUAGACCCUGCUGUUUAUGGCCCUCCAGAGUCAGCUCUCACAAAGGAACUGAUAGAGCAAGAACUAAAUGGACUUAGUGUGGAAGAGGCUAUUGAGGACAAGAGACUGUUUAUACUCGAUUACCAUGACAUGCUUUUGCCGUUCAUUAAGAAGAUUAAUGCAUUGCCUGGGAGGAAAUCUUAUGCUUCUAGGACAAUCUUUUUCUAUACCAAGACUGGUUUUCUAAGGCCUGUAGCUAUCGAGCUUUCACUUCCUCCAACACCUUCAUCGCUUCGAAAUAAACUUGUUUACACUCAUGGGCAUUAUGCUACUACACAUUGGACUUGGAAGCUAGCCAAAGCUCAUGUUUGCUCAAAUGAUGCUGGCGUCCAUCAACUAGUGAAUCACUGGUUGAAGACUCAUGCUUCCAUGGAGCCUUAUAUAAUCGCAACUCAUAGGCAGCUCAGCUCAAUGCACCCCAUUUACAAGCUGCUUCACCCUCAUAUGCGCUACACAUUAGAAAUUAACGCACUCGCACGGCAAAGUUUAAUAAAUGGAGGGGGAAUAAUUGAGGCUAGUUUCAGUCCAGGAAAGUAUGCCAUGGAGCUUAGCUCUGCAGCCUACAAGAGUCUGUGGCGGUUUGACAUGGAGGCAUUGCCAGCAGAUCUUAUUCGGAGGGGCAUGGCAGUAGAGGAUUCUUCAAUGCCCUGUGGUGUGAAACUUGUAAUUGAAGACUACCCUUAUGCUGCAGAUGGCCUUCUAAUAUGGUCUGCAAUUCAAGAAUGGGUAGAAUCGUAUGUUGAACACUUCUACUCUGAGCCAAAUUCUGUAACAUCUGAUCUUGAACUCCAAGCCUGGUGGAAUGAAAUCAAGAACAAAGGUCACUAUGACAAAAGGAAUGAGCCCUGGUGGCCUAAACUCAAUACCAAGGAGGACUUAUCUGGUAUUCUUUCCACAAUGAUUUGGAUUGCUUCUGGUCAGCAUGCAGCUAUAAACUUUGGGCAGUACCCAUUCGGAGGAUAUAUGCCUAACCGUCCUACCCUUAUGAGAAGACUCAUUCCACAAGAAAAUGAUCCUGAUUAUGAGAAGUUUAUUAUGAACCCGCAGCAUACUUUCCUGUCUUCGUUGCCAACUCAACUACAAGCCACCAAGAUAAUGGCAGUUCAAGACACCCUGUCAACUCACUCCCCAGAUGAAGAGUACCUGGGUCAGGUGAAUCCACUACACAACCAUUGGAUCAAUGAUCAUGAAGUUUUGAAACUGUUCGAUAGAUUCUCUGCUAGAUUAGAGGAGAUAGAGGAGAUAAUACACCAAAGAAAUAAAAGCAAUCAUCUUAAAAAUAGAAGUGGUGCAGGCAUUCCUCCAUAUGAACUGCUCCUUCCCACAUCAGGUCCGGGAGUAACUGGUCGGGGAAUCCCCAAUAGCAUUUCUAUCUGAUGGCUUUAGCUAGUGUGAAGGUUUCGUACAUUCUCAGCCAAAAACAAUGUAUCUAUUGACACUGGUUAAUCAAUAAGUAAUUUCAGCACAAAAAUAAUGCAUUUAUUUACAAUGGUUCAUCAAUAAGUAAAGAAAAAUGAGAGUUUAUUGAUCUUUA